AUGUUCCUACUUGAUAUACGGUACGACUUGAUCUUACUUCAAAAUCAGCUUCCCAUCUUUCUUCUUAGGACCAUAUAUGGACUUGCCUUUUCCAGUAACCCCAAAUUCCCUUCCUUUUUUGAUCUUACCUACUACUUCUUCAGCCAUUAUUACAACCAUAACAUAUCCAUUGAAGAUAUACUAUCCCCAAACAAUCGCGAAUAUGUUGACUAUAGAUCCAUGCUGGAAGGACCAAAACAUUUCCUAGAUUUGGUACGAACAUUUCAGCUACCACCACAUUUAUUUCAGAUGCAGAACAACAAUGAAGAAUCCCUUCGUUGCAAAUGGAUCCACAAAAGGGUAAAGUCUUUGAUGGAUCUGAUAAGGUCUUCACUGCAACGUUAUUCAUCCCGAAAGCCUGGAGAAAAUAAACCAGAAUUAAACCUAGAGGAGGGCAAUGUACAAGGUGAAUAUUUAUACAGUGCAGUUCUGCUGCUAGAAGCAGGCCUGAAAUUUAAGGUGAGCUCAAACAAAUGUUUACUUGACAUUGAAUUUAUUGAAAACAACGGAGUGCUGAAAAUUCCCCCCUUUAGAGUGGACGACUCGACUGAAUUGUUUUAUGGAAACCUCAUGGCUUGGGAGCAAUGCUACUAUCCACAGGACACUUACAUUUGUGACUAUAUCUUUCUAAUGGAAUAUCUGGUCAAAUCUGCUGAAGAUGUGGAUUUACUUGUUCGAAGAAGAAUUAUCAUUAACCAGCUUGGCAGUCAUAAAGCAGUAGUAUCUUUGUUCAACAAACUUUGCAAACAUAUUGAAGUGAAUAAGAAUCAUUAUUCUGAACUUUUUAAGAAGCUCAAUGCAUACAAUGCAGCUCGUCAUCAUAGUUGGAUAGCAAUCCUGAAACUCCAAUAUUUCUCAAGUCUAUGGCGAGAUGUUGCCACAGUUGCUGCAGUUAUCCUUCUUGUGCUUACUCUCAUACAAACCAUAUGUGAUGUUAUCUCCCUUUAGCUGCGGACUGUAAGUGAUCACUUUCUAUUCUAGUUAACUUAUUUUCAUUGCAUACCAUUAUAAACUACCAGGAACUUGAUUUUCUCUACUUCAAUUAUCAAAUCCUCUCUUUUUGUCUAC